AUGUCAUCGUUCAUUCUUUCGCACGAUUUGCAUUUAAUGAUGUUAGAGAUUGGUGUGGAAAACUUGUUUGUCCCUUGGACUACGGACUUUGACAAAGUUAUCCUGAAGAAGACAAUCGUCAUGUUUCGCAUGCUGGAUAACGAUUGGAUAUCGCUGUCGCCAAAUCGACGCGAUUUUCGUCCUUAUCAAGGAUCCAAUUAUGAGAAUGAAAAAUUUUAUGGCGGCAGUUCCGUUGUCUUUUCUGUGCCGACGGAUUUCUUCGAGAAAAAAGUGGACGGCGUUGAUGUCCAGUUAUACGUUCGGAAACAAGUGUGCAAGGAUUUUGAAAUGAUUUCGCGCCAGAAAAUCGGCUUCGUCGCUAUAUCGGUUGAUAAUCUGCUGAACAGCAUCGCCAAACAGAUUCGGGAGCGGAACGAAUUGAUGGAACACUUAUCGGAUUUCUAUAAACGACAGAUUAUUUCGAGGUCUAUAAUGGGAACGUACACUUUGUUAGACGAGAACUUCCGGAAUACCGCUGCCACAAUUUCGCUCUACAUUCGGAUCAGUUACCUUGGCAAAUGCCUCAUAACGGAGAUCACGCAAGUCAAAAGUAUCCGCGAAGCAUUUUAUACUCGCGGAGACUUGGAUGGGAAACAGUGGUAUUUCUCUCGACAGCUGACAUCGAAGGAACUUCAAAGUGGCUGUUGGGAUGAUGAUGGUUUACUUCGUGUUCCUUCAGAUCGUUUAACAUGCUGCUGUGAGGAGCUCGUUAAAAAGGAGGCCGCGGAUUUAUUUAUGGAUCAAUUAUUAGUCGUGACAAAAGGAACUGCUGUAGUAUCGUUGGAAAUACCAAAACAAAUUGUUAUAGAUGUCACUGCUACAAUCGCAAUGAGAACAACUACUGUAAAUGCAGUUGCAGACCUUACUGAUCUGCAGAUUUCCGUUAUUAGAAGUUGCUGUGGAUACUGUAUUUUGCGAAAAUUGAUGAUUAUGGAGUAUAUUAGAAAUUUGUAUACAUUUGAUCUAACAAUGUACAGUUCAACGAUAACCAAAUACGAGGGCAAUAAAAAUCAAAUGUUAGUGCAACCGGGAACGGAAAAUGGCAGAGAUUCGAAUCUCAAUCAACCACCGAAGCACAUGCCGGCGGAACAGCCAUUAAUUUGGCGUAAUAUCAUUGUCAUCGUCGUUCUCCAUAUCGUCGCGAUCUAUUUGUUUGCCACGCGAUAUCGCGAAGCGAAAUUUUGGACCUGGAUGUGGUCAAUCUUACAUUUACUUUCUGCUGGUUUUGGCAUAACAGCUGGUCUUCAUCGUCUUUGGGCACAUAGGAGCUAUAGCGCCAAAUUGCCACUUAGAAUACUACUUGUUUUAUUAUAUUGCUUGGCUGGUCAGACUCAUCCGUCUAAAUGGCUUCGUGUUCAUCGAACACAUCAUAAAUACACAGAUACGUGUGCGGAUCCACAUAACGCUAACCGCGGCUUUUUUUUCUCACACAUUGGCUGGUUAAUGAUGAAACAUCAUCCAGCAGUUAAGAAAUACGGUAAAAAUGUGGAUAUGAGCGAUAUCGCUGCUGAUUCCGUAAUACGUUUUGUUGACAAAUAUUACGCUCUGAUUAUGGUGCCAUUGUGCUUUGUCCUGCCGGCUAUAGUACCGGUCUAUGUAUGGAACGAAACCUGGGACAUAAGCAUAAGCAGCGUAAUUAUCCGCUAUGUGUGGGCGCUGAAUUCAACCUUCUCUGUCAAUAGUUUCGCUCACUUGUGGGGCAAUCGACCGUACAACAGAACUCUUAAGUCAACGGAGAAUCCUGCGGUGUCUUUCUUUGCCAUGGGUGAGGGUUGGCACAAUUACCAUCAUUGCUUCCCGUGGGACUAUAAGGCUGCGGAGCUUGGCUUCUACCGUCUCAAUUUAACUACCGCUUUUAUAGAUUUCAUGGCUUGGUUGGGAUGGGCGUAUGAUUUAAAGACACCAAACGCCAAGCUCGUCGAUAGACUUUGUGCGAAUAAAGGUGAUGGUACACGGGCCAUCACUCCACCACUCGAGAGGUAGGAUAGAUCUUUCUAAAAUAUCAGAUGUUCUUUAAUAAAAAAGAAUAGAAAAAAAUAAAAAGAACGAGAGAGAAUGUAUCAAACAUGUUGUUUUAUUAUAUUUCUUAAAAUCAACAAGUUGUACUUUUUUUUCAAUUUAUUACAAUAAUAAUGGUCUAAUUUAUUUUUGUAAAACUUGAUAUAAUAAAUAAUUUUGAUAAU